AUGGGUGCUGACGGGUGGAGGUCCCUGCUGCGGCUCCUGCGCCUCUACCCCCUCCUCGCCAAGGCUCUCACCAGCGGGAUUUUCUCUGCACUCGGGAACUUCCUGGCCCAAGUUAUUGAGAAGAGAGGAAGAAAGGAAAAACGUUCCCAAAGUCUCGAACUCAGCGGACCUCUCAGAUACGCCAUUUUUGGGUUCUUGUUCACAGGGCCACUGAGUCACUUUUUCUACCAGUCCAUGGAGCAGCGGAUCCCUGCAGCGGUCCCCUUGGCGAUGGUCGGGAGGCUCCUGCUGGAUCGUUUGGUCUUUGCCCCCGUCUUCCUCUUGCUCUUCUUCUUCGUCAUGAACCUCCUCGAGGGUCAAAACUUGGCGACUUUUUCUAAAAAGAUGAGGACGGGUUACUGGAAAGCCCUGAAAACCAACUGGAAAGUGUGGACGCCCGUCCAGUUUAUCAAUAUCAACUAUGUCCCCGUGCAGUUCCGAGUGCUGUUUGCCAACCUGGUGGCCUUGUUUUGGUACGCCUACCUCGCCACGCUCCGGAAGUGAGGAGGCCGCGGUAAGCGCUCAAUAAAUACGAUUGAUUGAUUGAUUGAUUGAUCCGUCGGUGCCCUCCCUCUGGGAUCGCCAGCAGACCGCGGCUCCCCGGGGAAAACGGACGCCCGGCCUGGCGGGAUCGAUCCCUUCAGGAAUCUCCCCGACUCCGAUCCAACUCGUUGAGCUUCACAGAUUGAUAGGUGGGAAAAGAUAGACCGUGAACGAUCUGUACCGUGACGACCUUGCUGUCGGCUCUGGAACGCCGCUCUUGCUAAACUUCCCUUUUUCAAAAAUGGGACUCAAUCAGGAUGGCAAUAAACUACAGUGUAGCAUCUUCAAAGCCAAGUUUUAUUUGCUGGAAGUGGGAAAAGAUAGACCGUGAACGAUCUGUACCGUGACGACCUUGCUGUCGGCUCUGGAACGCCGCUCUUGCUAAACUUCCCUUUUUCAAAAAUGGGACUCAAUCAGGAUGGCAAUAAACUACAGUGUAGCAUCUUCAAAGCCAAGUUUUAUUUGCUGGAAGUGGGAAAAGAUAGACCGUGAACGAUCUGUACUGUGAUGACCUUGCUGUCGGCUCUGGAACGCCGCUCUCGCUAAACUUCCCUUUUUCGAAAAUGGGACUCAAUCAGGAUGGCAAUAAACUACAGUGUAGCAUCUUCGAAGGCAAGUUUUAUUUGCUGGAAGUGGGAAAAGAUAGACCGUGAACGAUCUGUACUGUGACGACCUUGCUGUCGGCUCUGGAACGCCGCUCUCGCUAAACUUCCCUUUUUCAAAAAUGGGACUCAAUGAGGAUGGCAAUAAACUACAGUGUAGCAUCUUCAAAGGCAAGUUUUAUUUGCUGGAAGUGGGAAAAGAUAGACCGUGAACCAUCUGUACUGUGACGACCUUGCUGUCGGCUUUGGAACGCCGCUCUCGCUAAACUUCCCUUUUUCGAAAAUGGGACUCAAUCAGGAUGGCAAUAAACUAUAGUGUAGCAUCUUCAAAGCCAAGUUUUAUUUGCUGGAAGUGGGAAAAGAUAGACUGUGAACGAUCUGUACCAUGACGACCUUGCUGUCGGCUCUUGAACGCCGCUCUCGCUAAACUUCCCUUUUUCAAAAAUGGGACUCAAUCAGAAUGGCAAUAAACUACAGUGUAGCAUCUUCAAAGGCAAGUUUUAUUUGCUGGAAGUGGGAAAAGAUAGACCGUGAACGAUCUGUACUGUGACGACCUUGCUGUCGGCUCUUGAACGCCGCUCUCGCUAAACUUCCCUUUUUCAAAAAUGGGACUCAAUCAGGAUGGCAAUAAACUACAGUGUAGCACCUUCAAAGCCAAGUUUUAUUUGCUGGAAGUGGGAAAAGAUAGACCGUGAACGAUCUGUACUGUGAUGACCUUGCUGUAGGCUCUUGAACGCCGCUCUCGCUAAACUUCCCAUUUUCAAAAAUGGGACUCAGUCAGAAUGGGAAUAAACUACAGUGUAGCAUCUUCAAAGGCAAGUUUUAUUUGCUGGAAGUGGGAAAAGAUAGACCGUGAACGAUCUGUACUGUGACGACCUUGCUGUCGGCUUUGGAACGCCGCUCUCGCUAAACUUCCCUUUUUCAAAAAUGGGACUCAGUCAGGAUGGCAAUAAACUACAAUGUAGCAUCUUCAAA